AGCUUCCUGAGGACUCACAUACGCCCUCGUUUUAAUAUCCUAUUCCCACUUCUAGAAAGUUCUCUCACAGGAUAUAAAAAGCAGGAGAAGUGUGUUACAGCUACACUAUCCACAGGACACAACUUAGAAGAGAGACCCUGCAAAUCCUCACCAGGCUGCAGCAGCUGCUUUUGGAGACAGACAGGAUGUGGAUGACAAAUGUCGUAGCUCUUUGUCUGCUGGGCCUCGUUGCCUGUGCAGAGGACAAGAAGCUGAGCAGCCAUGCCACCACGCUGGCUGAUAACAGCGCCAACCUGGCCUUCAGCCUCUACCACAACAUGGCAAAGGAGAAGGAUACAGAGAAUAUCCUGAUCUCUCCUGUGGUGGUGGCCUCCUCUCUGGGCAUGGUGGCUCUUGGUGCUAAGGCCUCCACUGCCUCCCAGGUCAAAACCGUCCUCAGUGUUGACAAACUGAAGGAUGAGCAUCUGCAUGCAGGCCUGUCCGAGCUGCUCACUGAAGUGAGCGAUGCCAAGAAACGCAACACCACCUGGAAGAUCAACAACCGUCUCUACGGCCCCAGCUCUGUCUCUUUCGCUGAUGAGUUUGUGAAAAGCAGCAAGAAGCACUACAACUACGACCACUCGAAAAUAAACUUCCGAGACAAGAGGAGUGCGGUAAACUCCAUCAACGAGUGGGCAGCCAAGUCUACAGAUGGCAAGCUGCCUGAGAUCACCAAGGAUGUGCAGAACCCAGAUGGAGCCAUGAUUGUCAAUGCUAUGUUCUUCAAGCCUCACUGGGAUGAGAAAUUCCAUGACAAAAUGGUGGACAAACGUGGUUUCCUGGUUACCCGCUCAUUCACCAUUGCAGUUCCAAUGAUGCAUCGCACAGGUCUGUAUGACUUCUACGAGGAUAAAGAGAACCGGAUCUUUGUGCUGAACAUGCCUCUGGGCCAGAAGCAGGCCUCUAUGAUCUUUAUCAUGCCCUACCACCUGGAGCCCCUAGACCGCUUGGAGAAACUCCUGACUAGGAAGCAGGUGGACACCUGGAUCAGCAAGCUGGAGAACAGGGCCGUGGCUAUUUCCCUCCCCAAAAUCGCACUGGAAGUCAGCCACAACCUGCAGAAACAUCUGGCUGAGCUCGGCCUGACAGAGGCUGUGGACAAAGCCAAGGCGGACCUAUCCAACAUCUCUGGAAAGAAGGAACUCUACCUUUCCAACGUCUUCCAUGCGUCAGCUUUUGAGCUGGACGUGGGCGGAAAUCCAUUUGACACCAGCAUCUACGGCUCCGAGAAGCUGAGGAACCCCCAACUUUUCUACGUAGAUCACCCCUUUAUUUUCCUGGUUAAGGACAACAAGACCAACUCCAUCCUCUACAUCGGCAGAGUUGUUAGACCUAAAGGAGACAAGAUGCGUGAUGAGCUAUAAUGUUGUGAAUUGUGGUGGAUAGUUUUAUUCUUUGUGAAAAAAUGGCAGGAAUCUGUGUGUAUUUUUGGUCUGACUGUUACCUCAUGAGCACAUUCCAAUACACGACCUGUGGACUGAGCUCGCUGUUUUUUAGACACACUAAACCUUCCCAGGGAACACUCUAUAGAAAUGUUAGGUCUCAGCCUUAAGCCCCCUUGCAUUGAAUAAUGUUUUCAGUUACAAAAACGUACAUCAUUUGAGAUCUCCACAAACAGACGGCAGACAACAUGCUUAUAUUAAGCAGGUUUUCUUAAUACCUUGCUUUUGAUGGUCCAUGUGCGUUUUCUUGUAUCAUCUUUAAUGUUUAAAGAAAAAAAAGAUCCUUGCACAACAUUGUCUUAAAGCUUUGCUUCACUCCAUCCCUUCACAUGCUCAGUUGUUAAAUUUUUUUGCAUCCAGUAUGCACUGAACGUUUGGUGCUUAAUUUAUGCUCACCAACCAUACUGUGCCAUUUUGUUGCUGUAGGGUUUUUUUUCCACAAAGAAGCUGUUGAAUUGUGAGAUUAUGUAAUAAUGUGUUCAUUUUUCAAUAAAAAAAUAACAAAGAA